AUGCCUCUCCUUGGCGAGGGAGGGUACGAUAUGAAAGAUUUCGUCGCGCCUGCUGCUACUGGGACAAAACUUCAGGUCUUGGCUUGGAUACUUGGCCAAUGGAAAGGUGGUCGCAUCAUAAGGAGAGCCUUUAUCAACAGCAAUCACCCUGAAACACUCCGACAGCUCUCGUUGCAAGUGGACAAAAGAAUACCAUCUUUAGGGAUGCCCAUGCAAAGGCUUGAUGAUGAGGACUUUGAUGCUGCGCGGAGAUAUGCUAGAGAAGAGCAUGCUCAACUAGCGGAGAAUCCAACACAGUACCUCAGCCAGCUGGACAGUAGUAAGUAUCCGUAUAAUACCAUUGAGGAUUACCACCGGGCUUAUCUCUCUGGUCGAACUCCGACACAAGUUAUCACGCGUGUAUUAUCGGCAGUAGCCGAGUUGAAUCCAACCAUCAAGGCCAUCCAAGAUCUUCUUCCCGAGUCAGAAAUAAUGGCGAUGGCUAAGGCGAGUGACAAAAGAUACGCUGAGGGGAAGCCUCUGUCUAUGCUCGAUGGUGUCCCCUUUACUAUCAAGGAUGAAGUGCAUGUUAAAGGACUCCCGAAUAUGUACGGAACUAAUCCCAACAAUCGUCUGCCCGGCGCAGCCAAAGUGGAGGAGGAUAACGACCCUGUAGUUCAAGCCCUUCUCGAUGCUGGUGCCAUUCUCUUGGGUACCAAUACUAUGCACGAAUAUGGCGUGUCACCGCUGGGCUACAAUACUUGGUAUCAAGGCCCCUUGAAUGCUUUUAAUACCUCGUACUUCACAGGAGGUAGUUCCAGUGGAAGCGCCACGGCUGUUGCUGCUGGCUUGGUACCAUUCGCCAUUGGGUUUGAUGGAGGUGGAUCGAUACGCAUACCUUCCUCAUGGUCCGGUGUUGUCGGCCUGGCGCCCACCUUUGGUCGAGUCAACUUCGAAAUUCCCUCUACUUCCGUCUUCACCGUCCUUCAUUGUGGCCCGAUUGCAGCGACCGUCGCAGAUGCAGCUCAUGUCCUACGAGUAAUUGGCAACACUAAGCAUGAAGUGCCCCAUAUCUACGAUCGUCUAUACGGUCCCGAUGGGCGUCCUGCAGUCCAUCUGCAUGCAUUGACCAGCCCAGAGACUAACCACAAGCCUACUGUUGGGAUCUUUCAGGAUUGGGUUCGCCACAGUGAUCCGGAAGUCUACAAUGCAUUCGAGAAAUCAUUGACUGCUCUGGAUUGGAAUAUUUAUAAUUUCACAAUGCCAAACAUGGGCGCUCAGUCACUCUCCCAUAUGCUCACGAUAACUGCCGAAUUCGGCAAGGAACUCGACUACGAAGAUAUCUCUCGAUUGGAACCAGGCACUAAGAUUGAAUUUGGUCUUGGACGAGAUAUAACAGCAGUUGAAAGACUCACCAUGGAGCGAUUAAAGGGCUGGUCUAUGGAGCAAUGGAACGCUGUGUUCGAGAAGGUGGAUGCUAUUGUUACACCGACACUGCCCAUCACAUCCAUUCCUAUACCAGAGGAUACCAGAGCUCACGGCAUGUCUAAUACCACACUCUUCGUUCAAAUGAUGCGCUAUGUUUGGCCUACAAACUUCUUGGGGUUUCCAGCUAUUACUGUCCCUGUGGACUACGAUUCGAAAGGGAUGCCGAUCGGCCUGUUGGUGAUGUGCCCGCAGUGGAAGGAUGAUAAGUGUCUGGCCUUGGCCGAGCAAGUGGAGAAGAUCGUUGCUAAUGAACGGAGGAGGCCGAGCAAGAACUGGGUUGACGUCCUCGCCGGUAACUAG